CCUUAAAAAUUACUUUGUAGUUUCAAAGGUUCAAAAACACCACUGUACUAACAACACUCAACAAGUAUUUUUGAACAUUUCAACCAUUUCAACUGGAAUAUUGGCUGUGGCUUCGACUACUUUAGUUUCAAAACUCAAUAAAGUGAAAAUUAAUAUAUCUAAGUGUGCUGAAUGAAAAACACUGCAAUAUAAAAAACUGUCAGAAUCAGAGUUUAACACCAAUUUUACUAUAAAAACAUGGCAGAUAACGAUGAAGAUUCACGUGACGAAACAGUUAUCACUUCGACGUUCACAUUCACCAAUAGAUGGAAAAACGACUGGCAGUUCAUUUACAUUACGUGCUUCGCUACAAUUGACUUGCACAAUAUUUUUUUAUUUAUGGAAAUUCGUUCUGAAAGUACCAAGAAUCCAAACGUAAUAAUGUACCUCGUAAUAUAUCUUACAAUUGGAAUGGCUUUAAUGUACCUUAUCGAAUUCACUACUCAGUACACAGGCCUAACCCUUUUACAGUUUAGAAACGUUUGUCCCCUCUUUCACGGUUUAGGCUACACAAGUCUCUUGAACGCAUUUGGAAUAACAAUAUGGAACUCAUAUGUACUAUUGGAUAGUAUCCUUUACCUCAUUAAUUCGUUUCAAAAAACGAUGGCAUGGACACAAUGCCCUGCGGAAAUCCCGAUCUGUUGGGAUAUCGCUAUGCCAUGUGAUAAUUGCCUAACUAAUGAAAAAAUGCUUUCAUCUCGCUUCUAUUAUAUAGAACGAUAUCUUAAAAAUAGAACUGAUCGAACCGAUUCAGGUUCGUUCCCUACUCGUCGAAUUACAGGACUACUAAUUCUUUGGUUGGUGUUAUUCUUUUUCUUAAAAGUAAAAAUUACCAAGUUUUUAAAAAUAAUAACGUGGUGCACCAUCAUUGCACUAGUCCUAUAUCUACUAAUGCUGCCCUUAUUAACAACUUGGAGUAAAGGGUGGGAUACGCUAUUUUACCAGCAAUCCUCAGACUUCUUGUCUUGGGAAAAAUGGUCUAUCGCUGGAUUUCGAGUUGUAUAUAUAUUGGGUAUAGCCAGACCAUUCGUACCCAUGUGCGGCACUUAUUUACCGUCCACGUCCAAACCAGAAAUAUUAACCGUAGUUGUAGUGCUUAUGCACAUUAUAGUCACCAUACUAAUGCAUUUAUUCGUUUAUGUUCAACUAAAUGCUUUAUUUAAAAUAACCAAUUCAGACAUUAAGAAUUAUGAAACUGUCCUGCUAUGGUCAUCCGACAUACAUUUAACAUUCAUACUACAGGGGAUUUCAUUGAACAGUAACCAACAAUUAUUGAGCAUUAUGUACUUAAGUGCAAAUAUACUACUGGUUUUUAAAAGUAUACUGACUGAAAUCACUGGCAUAGUAGUAAAUUUAAAAAAUGCUUUUCCGAAAUUAGGAACCUACGAUUCGUACCUUUUCGCAAUGCUAGUGUUGUUUUUACUCCUUUCUAGUAUCACUUUAUUACCUAGAACUAAGGAAAAUAUAGAAGACCUCAACUUUAUGAAAGCAUGUAUUAGAGCAUCAGAAGUCAUUGUUGUUUCUUGUAUGGUCCUAACACUGGCUUUUAUUUACCCACUACAGAAAUUUGCCGAUGAUGUUCACUACGCCACAGGAUCACAACCGAACAAUUUUUGGAAAUGGACCUGGGGUGUUUUACCGUUUUUUAUUUAUUUCUUUCUAUACCCCAUGCAUAACAUUUUAAAAAACGCAGAUCAAGAACGAAUUGUCAUUUUUUCCGUUCUUUUAACAAUUUUGUUAUCGCCCAUUUUAUUUUUUGCAAUUUAUGAAAUAUUUCGUCAUAUUAAAAUGAAAUACAUUAUCGGUGUCCUUGUGCCAAGGGAACGAUGGGGUCCACGAGAACCUGACGAAAGACUACUUAGACGCCUUUAUAAUCCUCGUAAUGAAACCAAAGCGAGAAGAAGACGCCAGACGUGCAAACACGACUGCCUUGUCUCUAAUACGCAUUUACAAGACAUUAUUGAAAAUGAACAGUCAUUUUGGAAAGAGCAAGGCAUGAAUGGGACAUUACUUACUAAUUUAAAAAAUCGUAAGCAUGUGAAAUUUGAAAAACGGAAUAAUAUAUAAGAAUAUGUAAUUUAUGUAGUACACAAAAAUUAUUGGCAAUAUUACAAGAUUAUAAGCAAAAGGGUACCUAUGCAAAAAGAACCUC